AUGAGCAACAGCCACGACGGCGAAACUGAGGCUUCCGUGGACUUGCCUGGCCUUCGGGUUACUGUGGUUGGUGCCCCUUCUCGGGUGGCUGAUUUCCUCCAAUACCUUGCUGGAUUUCCGUCUGAUCGUGUGCGCCCUACUGCUUCUGUUGGUUCCUUCGAGGUUGUGUCUGAGACUCCCAGCGUUCCUGCCUCUGGUUCCCGGGUUGGACUUGGACUUGAGACCAGGGAUCAGAUCGCUUCAACUUUUGCCCGUUGCCCUGACCGUCAUUUGGCUGUCGGUGUACGACUUAUUGGCUCCUCCUUGUCUGGCCGCGACCGUGUCUGUCGUGCUUGGACUGCUGGUUUGUGGGCAAAAGCCGUCUUGGACUCCCGGGUGCACAGCCCGAACCGGACCCCUCCGAUCGACUUGCGGUCGAGGUUUUACGCGGUGGUUCGUGCGGACGGUGUUGAUUGUCCUGUGGUGUUCAAGUCUUCCUCGUCUUACUGGCGUGCCAUCGGCUCCUUGGACAACAGCACAUCAAUCUCCCAGUCCUUUCCCAGUGAAGCUGAAUCACGAGUUUACCUCCAGGCUGCCGGGUCUUUGGUGACUGUCGAUCUGGAUUUAGAGCCUUACGUUUUGGAAUGGCCCGCUGUCCCAGAUACCGAUGGAGCACUGGAAGCUGUGGUUUUGGUUGUCAUGAAGCGUCAGGGCGGACUUCUUUUGGCUGUUCCUCCUCUUUUCAUUCCAGCGUCCAUUCUGGAAAGAGCGAAUGCAGGUCAAGAUGCGGGGUCUAUAGGCGCUUCCACAUCUCUGGUGGUCCCUGGGGUCAUAGUGGAAAAUGGAAUCAGAUCUUCCACGGGUUCAUUGCUCGAAGUUUUAGUGGUGGACGUAGCGGCAGAUCUGGUCUCGCAAAUGAGGGCUACAAAUUUGGCCGAGGACAUCGCUAUGGCUUUCGACCCAGAAUCUCCUUUCACUCUUCCUUCACCCGUGGAGUUGUUGCAGGGAGCCAGAGAUUGGAUCAGAGGAGCCGGAGAGGAAACAGGCCUGAACUUUUACUCAGCCGAAGGCCAGUCAGAGACGGAGAUCGACGAAGCGAUCAGAUCUCCCAGGGCUGCUGCUCCAAAGCGGUCGAGGCGGUUGCCAAAGGCAGGCGCCACUCCUACUGGAGGCGGAGGUCCCUCAGGUCGUCCAAAGAAGUUGACCACAGCAGACCUUGCCAUGUCUCUGGAUCAGUUGCUUCAGGUUGUUCCUCGUCUUUCGGAUCAGCUUCAAGACCUUUCGCAGCGUCAAGUUCAGCUGGAGAACAGGAUAGUGGCUCCUUCGCGUGCAGGGGCGCUUGGACUUGCCCAGCCGCUUUCCAGCACUAUAACUCCACAUGUGGCAGGGGCUUCAUCGGUGGCGGAUGUUGUGUCUGCCCCUCCUCCAAGGACAAAGAAUCUUGGGGGCCUUGGUUCAUCGAAUGUGCAAAACUUUCAGCCACCGGACUUGCUUGCUUUGGAGGCGGAGAAGGAUUUGCCAGGUCCUCCGGAUGGGGACUUGGCGAAGGCAGUAUAUGCCCAGUCCCAAGCUUUGACAGCGCUUGUGGGGCAGAUAGCCCAUUCAAGUCAGGACCCCUUGGUGGAUUUGGGGGCUUCUUCAGCGAGUACGGGUACCAGGGGCGCUUUGGGGCGAGCUCGCCUCCAAACAGAGCUAGCCUCCCAUUCGGGCCAGUUCUAUGCGGCAGUGAUGAGGGCAAUGGCACGAAGGAUGCAGCCGACUCAGUCUGCUACGGUCUCAUUGGAAGAGCUUCAUCGGAGGGGCAUCAGUGGAACGCUUUACAUGGAACGUUUCGGAGGCUACGGAAGGCACCGGGAUCUGGGAUUGAUUCUUUUCCAGGUGAUGGGAGCCAUGGACUACCUGCAGGUGGGAAAUCUGGAAGCUGCCAAGGACACUCUGGGUUUGUUGGCAGUCUGCAUAGAUCAGGCGGUGUUGGACGGAGGCAGAUUCGAUCUGGCGGCUCUCUUGACGUUGCAGGAGGACCUUCCCUCUUCGAUUUAUGUGAACCGCCACCAGGGAGUCCUGAGCCGAUCCAGAUCCUUCACUCCCUUAGCGGAUCAACGCUGGGUGACAGUGGCUCUCGCUUAUGUGAAAGAAUUGGACCUGAUCAAUUCCAAGAGGCAGGAACUCACCAAUCAGGGCCCAAGAGCUUCAACCCAGCAGGAGGGAGCGCCCAAGGCAAAGCCUUUUCCCAAGAGGUGGAUUGCAAGGUCGAAGACAAAAUUUGCUUGGCAUCUUCGACGCUCCUUUUGUUUUUCCACGCGACAGUCGAUGACACUGUCUACCACUGCUUUCCCUUUGCCAUUGCCUCGGCUUCCAUCGUGCAUUGGAAAGGGUUAUGCCAGGUUGUCAAGGAGGAGGCUUGUGAAGCUUUGCAGAGCGCAGCUGCUGCAUGUGACCAUUUUUACUUUGAACUAUUUGUAUCUUGGUCGCUUCCCUACCUUAGACGAGCUUGGUCGAAAGCCUUCGUGUUCCCAAGAGAAGAUUAUCUCGAAUUUGAGGGCCUCGCUUGCAGUGUGUGGAUCUUCCAAUGAGCUCUUCAGUUUGGCCCCUGGGAGAUCCGGACCUGAAUUAGGUGCAUGUUUGUAUCAGUUGGAGCGUUUCUUUGCCGGCUGUCCUGAGCUGCAAAACUCAUACCUCGAUAAGCCAAUUGGAUUUUCUGAGAAUCAAGCUCUUUUUCCAAAUGAGGAGUACCCUGAGCUUACUCCUUAUAGAGCCUUGGAUGCUGACCGUCUUCGUCUUGUCGGUGAAGGUCGUUGGCCCAUGAGUGAUUUCCUGGAGGGUUCCCUUUGGCUUCCUUUUGUUGAACCUGCGGUUUUGCAGCAUGGACUUGAUGUGGAUGAAACUUGUGCGCCAAAUUUUGCUCAUGAGUCACGGCAUGAAUGCUUUAAGCUGAUGAAGGUUUGGGAUUCAAGAGGUCUGCUUGAGCUUUUUGAUGGGCCUUCUGAUGAUGGCUUGUUCAGCAGGGUUUUCAAUUGCUUCAAGGGGCCGACAGUUGACAGGCAGAUUGGUGAUCGUCGUCGGGUGAACAUGUCAGAGCUUGCUUUUGAUGGCCCUUCACAGUUUCUCCCAUCAGGGCCUCUCCUAGUGCAGUUGCGGGUUGAGAGGUUCCGACAGUGCUUGCGAGCUUCAGUCACUGACCGACGUGACUUUUAUCACCAGGCGAAAGUUAGUCUGGAGAGGGCACGAACCAACAUGCUUCCUUUUUGCUUUCCUGUGGAAGAAUUGAGUGGUUUUGCAGCUCUUGAGAGGUUUCAGGAACGUCUCCGAAAGGGACAGGAUGCCAGGCGAGAGGUUCGUGGUGACUUGCUUGGUGUUGAGAAGAGUCAGAAAGCUGCUGGCAAAGAAGGAGCAGUAGUGGAAGCUGAGAUACGUGGUGGACUCUGCGAGGAUCUUUGGCUAGCCUCUGAUAAGCGUGGGCACUACUCUCUGCUUGACAAUGGAGCCAGAGAGAUUCUCAGGCACCUAGGGGAGGAUUUCGAGUGUGGCAAGUACACAAAGAAUUCGGCAAUCUACACGCCUGAGCUUGGUCUUCAUCUGGCCAUUGCUUUCAAGAAUGCCUUACGUCGAGAGGCAAACAGAGAGGAGCCUGAGUGGAGUCUAGCUGGGUUGGAAUCUGUUCUGUCGAAUGAUGUCAUGCUCUCCUCUUCUUGGCGCGAAGUUGCCUCUUGGUUUUGGAAGCGUGCUCCCCACAUCAAUGUUCUGGAGGUUUCCUCUGCAGUCCGUGUUUUGCUUGAAGCGGGCAAGAGAGGAGCACAUGCGAGGUUCUUGGCUUUUGUUGACUCCUCCGUGGCAAGAGGUGCUCUAGCCAAAGGUCGUUCUACUUCCAGGCUUUUACAGCCACUUCUGAAGCGUGCCUGCGUCAUCCAGGUCUGUUAUGACUUGUACCCAGUUUGGCUCUACAGUCCCACCAGGUUGAAUGUUGCAGAUGAUCCUACCAGAGAAGAGCCCUUACGUGAACCUGCGGUCUGUAGCUUUUGUGAGGUUGAUGGAGUGGAUUUGCAGGUGUUGCAUGGCGUUGGCCUUAAGAGAGUUGGUGCAAAUUGGGUCCGUUUGCUGGUCUUGGUCCUCACCUUUAGCCGAAGUGAUGCCUGCUCAAAUGGUGGAACGCCGAACCCUUUCGGUUUUGGGUUUUAUGCUCCCCCCUAUGGACUGCCUGGGGGCUUUUGGAGUGGGGUCUACGAUGGCUUUCCUGGCGCAAUUGAUCCGCUUGAGCACUUCCUUCUCUCUCCUGGUGGAUUCAUGUUUGUCUUUCGUGAUCUUGCCCACGGCUGGGUUUUGUAUGUAGGUUUGGACUUUCAUUGGGGCGUUUUAGCCAUGGAACCAGCCUCAGUGGCCGAGCGGCGUAGGGCAGCUGAGCGAGCUGGGAUCCUGCCAAAAGGAGACCGUGUAGCACUUGAAGCAACAAGAGGCAGGCGACGGAAGCUUUUCAGACAGUUUCAGGUUUGGCUCUGGCAAGAAAAGGGGAUUUCACUUCUUUACCUUUUGAGAGAAAAGCCUGCAGAUCCUGAACGCUUGGCUUACUGGUUGGUGCAGUAUGGCGGUGCUCUGUAUCAAGCAGGUAAGGCCUAUGGUAUCUAUGCAGAGACCAUAAACAGUGUGGCAGCAGAGCGACCUCAGGUGAGAAAACAACUGGUUGCUGCUUGGGAUUUCGCUUAUUCCUGGGUAUCUGAGGAACCGUUUUCUCAUCAUCCGGCCUUACCAGCCUCCAUUUUGCUGGCGAUGAUGGCAGUCUCCAUUCUUUGGGGGUGGCUGACGGAAGCUGCAAUUUUUGGCUUGAUGUGGGCUGGAAUACUCAGAGUUGGUGAGGUGCUGCAAGCUUCCCGAGAAGAUUUGGUUUUGCCACGGGAUUCGGCCCCUGGUGUUCGUUAUGCACUCCUAAAGAUAAAAGAACCAAAGACAAGAGGAAAGCAUGCAAGGCAUCAAGCAGCCAGGGUCGAUCCCACUGACAUCGUUGAGUUGCUGGAUUUGGCUUUUGCGAAAGCAGACCCAAAAGCGAAGUUGUGGCCUCUCUCUGGCUCUACCUUACGAAAGCGUUUUGGUGAUUUGAUGAGGUGCUGUGGAGCCUCUCACCUCCUGAAUUCAACAGAAGAUUCAGAGGUGGUGAGGCGCAGAGGCCGCUGGGCUACAAUCAAAACCAUGGAGAUUUAUCUUCAAGAGGUGCUCUAUGUUACCUAUGUGGAGCGCCUACCCCAGCAAGCAAAGGAGAUGAUCCGAGUUGCAGCUGCAGGCUUCCCAGACCUACUGCAGAAGGCACAACAUUUUGUUGAAUGUGGCAUCCCUUGCUCAGCCUGGUAUGCCCUGUUGAAAGGAAAUUGGCGCAAAGAUUCAAACGUGCUGGAAAAGGAAAACGGCAGCGGCAACGAGCCCACGUGGAUACCCAUGAACGUUUGUGCCACGACGAUCGCUUCGUCGGUCCGAGAAACGCUGGCGCGAAGGAGCCCGUGGCUAUCAAGUUGCCACGAUGGAGCCGAAGGCUUCACUGUGAGCCAUGCCUUGGGAGAGGAUGAUUUUGAGGAGAUUUUUGGUCCGGUCGAUGGCGAUCAGCUUGACUCUCUUGGUGGCAGUGUGCACUGCCGAAAGUUGGCCACGCGUAGCCUCGAACUGACCAUGCCUUCACGUGGUGCAGGACAGAAUCUUCUCACACCAGCCAGCCUUCUGCAGUGCCUUGAAUUCAGCACUCCAGUGGGAUCAAUGUCGGUCAGAAGCGUGGUAUCCGCUGCUGGAUUAGCAGGGACGCAGCUAUUCACCAUUUUGCUGUGGGCCUUCAUCCUGGGUCUUCCAGAAGUCUUGGAGGCUUGCCGGGACAUAGCUCUUCAGCAGCUGGAGCGAUCUACAGUUGCUUUGGUGCUUGGGGUUGGCCAUGCCAUUGGUGAUGCAGAAAUGCUGCGGUCAGCAUAUUGGUGUGUGCGGGAGUCCUUAUGCACUGCUGGAGUGCCAGAUGACUGGCUUGAUGGUUCUGGACCGGUGCGCUUGCUGAAAGGAGGAUACCUGGCACAUCGCUCCAUUUGCAAGACACCUUUGAAAGUGUUGUCCAAGGCCUUGUUGGAGGAUGCCAGCCUCAAACAGCGAAAGUGGUUGACCUCAACGGACUGCUACACCCUCUGCCAGGUGCACCGGAAACGCUCAGAAGAUGGAGGAUAUCCGCACAUCUAUGAGCUCCGCUUGGACCAUUCUGAUGAGAUCUUAAUGUCGGCGCAGAGGGAAGACGAACAGUGUCCUUGUCGCAUCUUUGCGAGAAAGUCGGAUUUGGAACGUUCAGAGCAUUCAGAGGAUUAUUUGGGUUGUGUGACACCCAACUUCUGGGGUACACUCUUCAUCCUCUACGAUGCUGGUGCGGAUAUGGAAGCCUUGUCCAAAGAUGCAGAUUGGCUUCGAGGCCUUCCAUUAAGGCCUCGGGAAGUCGUCAUGAAGAUCGGCUAUGAGACCAACGUUUUCGGGGACAGCCCCAGGAAAGUCUCAGUCGACUUCGUGCACAACAAAGAAAGGCCUUCCAUGGGGAACUUGAAGCCUCGCUGGGACAAGAAGCUCAAUUCCUAUGCAUUGCCGUUCUUCGGGAGGGUGAAAAAGGCAAGUGCCAAAAACUUUCAGCUCGUGGUCAAUGGGGAUCAAAACACAAUCUUUCUGAUGUUUGGAAAGAUCUCCAAGGAUGUUUUUUGUUUGGACUUCCGGGGUCCCAUUGCACCCCUGGAAGCCUUUGCCAUUGCGACAGCUGCUUUGGCCAAAAAGCGAGCAGUGAGCUGA